CGUUUGCUCUUUUGUGCCUUAGGCCUUCAAAUAUCCUUCCUAUUAUGGGGUAUAUUACAAGAGCGGGUGAUGACUAUUGAUUAUGACGGUCGUAAAUUUAAGAAUUCACAAUUUUUAGUUUUUAUGAAUCGCGCUAUGUCAUUACUCGUCUCUUGGUCUGUUAUUAAAUAUUCACGAGCUAAAGAUGAUAUCGCUCCGAUGUAUAAGUAUUCUUAUGCGUCCUUUUCCAAUAUUAUGAGCAGUUGGUGCCAAUAUGAAGCUCUUAAAUUUGUUAGUUUCCCAUCGCAAGUUAUUUGUAAAGCUUCCAAAGUUAUUCCAGUGAUGAUUAUGGGCAAAAUUGUUUCUAAUAGGAGCUAUCCUUACUAUGAAUAUUGUACAUCUGUUUUACUUUCUAUCGGUGUCAGCGCUUUCUUAUUAGACGCUCAUCAUCUUGAUCAUCACCCAAUCACUAAAACAACAUUAUCGGGAACAAUAUUAAUGUUGGUAUACAUUAGCUUCGAUAGCUUUACUUCUAAUUGGCAAGAGCAAUUAUAUAAAAAAUAUAACAUGUCAUCCGUGCAAAUGAUGUUUGGAGUGAACGUAUUUUCCACCGCAUUAACUCUUGUAUCACUUCUUACUCAAGGAACUUUACCCGCUUGUAUCGCUUUUAUGAUGUCCAAUUCAUCGUUCGCAGUUCAUGUCAUCAUGCUAUCCACUUGUGCCUCGAUAGGUCAACUGUUUAUUUUUUAUACUAUUUCAUGCUAUGGAGCUUUAAUAUUUACUAUUAUCAUGACAGUUAGGCAAGCAUUAAGUAUCCUGUUAUCUUGCCUCAUUUAUCACCAUACCGUAACUGUUCAAGGUGGUAUUGGAAUGACGAUUGUUUUUCUGGCGCUAUUCUUACGAAUCUAUGCCAAGAAGAGAACGGCUCGUGCGAAAACGGUCACAUAA